UCGUGAAGGGGAAAGAGGCUGGUGUUGAAAAGAGUCGAGUCCAUUGUGGUGUCGGAGAGGAGUGAGCCGCUGCCCCAGAGAAGAAGCACGGGAACACGGCUGAUCUCUGACCGCACACGGACCCAUGAGAGGCGGACUGGUGCGGACGGUGUGGCGCAUCACAGCCGGCGGUGAAGAGGAGCGAGUCGUCCGGUCGGAAAGCUCCGGUACGUGAAGAGUUAAGACCCGACACCCCAACUGUUUAUCCGAGGAGCUAGCAGGCUAGCUGGCUACAUACCCGGGAGCUAGAGAAUGGGGAGCCCGUGCGAGUUCGCCUGAGAGAGCCGAUCUCCGUCGAGCUUUCCCCCCCGGGGACGCUAUCGUCGCUGCGGACGGUUCGAAGCGUCCGUGUUCCGCCGCAACUUUCAGGGGAUGACACCCAGCGAGCGAUAAACGAUUUCUUCCACAGAAAAGUCUCCCAGGCCUGCUGACUCAAGAUUGCACACAAACACCAAGAAGGGAGAACAUGACUCACCGGCCUCUGCCAGAGACCGGCAUGGGGCAGUUGUGCCAACCCCGCCCCUGCCUGCCACUUUAGAAGCUACCCCGGUUUGCCAUGGCGGAGAGGCAUUGAGGUUAACUCUCUGACAAUUAUCUCAAUACCUCUCCUUCUCCCUGUCCCUCAAGACCCCUCCCCUCCCCCGCUUCUGCCCCGUCCCCAUCAUGCUGCGGUUCCUGCCCCUCAAACUUGGUCGCCUGUACCGCUGUCUGAAGCUCCUGUUUGUGGUGGGGUUGUUCGUCAUUCUGUUGAUGAACACACACAACCUGUUCGCCUCCUUCCAGAAGAAUGAGCUGACUGACCGACGCUUCAUCAACCUCAACAAGUGUCCCGCCUGCUUUGGCACCAGCUGGUGCCGCAAGUUCAUGAACGGUCAGGUCUCCUUCGAGACCUGGGGUCGCCUGCGAUUCCUAGACGUAUUCAAUGUCAAGAAUGUUUACUUUGCACAGUAUGGUGAGCCCAGAGAGGGCACCCGUCGGGUGGUGCUCAAACGUCUUGGCUCCAACCAGGAGCUGGCCGAGAUAGACCAGAAAAUCUGCAAGAGGGCCACAGGCAGGCCGCGCUGUGACCUCAUUCAGGCAAUGUACAAGACUGAAUUUGCCCGGAUCAACGGUGAUGUUCGCCUGCUCACUCCGGAGGUGGUGGAGGGCUGGUCAGACCUGGUGCACUGCCCCUCUCAGAGGCUGCUGGACCGCGUGGUCCGCCGGUACGCUGAGACCAAAGACUCGGGCAGCUUUCUGCUCAAGAACCUCAAGGACACAGAGAGAAUGCAGCUGCUCAUGACGUUGGCGUUCAACCCAGAACCACUUGUACUUCAGAGCUUUCCAUCAGAUGAAGGGUGGCCAUUCGCCAAGUACCUGGGAGCAUGUGGGCGCAUGGUAGCUGUCAACUACGUGGGCGAGGAGCUGUGGAGCUUCUACAACGCACCCUGGGAGAAGAGGGUCGACUUGGCCCGUCAGCUGAUGGACAUCGCGGAACAGCUCACCAACAACGACUUUGAGUUUGCCCUCUACCUGCUCGACGUCAGCUUUGAUAACUUUGCGGUCGGCCCACGCGAUGGAAAGGUCAUCGUCGUCGAUGCAGAGAACGUUCUUGUGGCAGACAAAAGGCUGAUCAAGCAGAACAAGCCCGAAAACUAUGACGUGUGGUACGAGAGCCGCUUCGAGGAGUGCGACCGGGAGGCCUGCCUGUCUUUCUCCAAGGACUCCCUUUGUUCCAGGGUCACCGUGGACCACAACUACUAUGCUGUCUGCCAGAACCUGCUGUCGCGGUAUGCUACGUGGCGGGGCACCACCGGGGGCCUCCUCCAUGACCCUCCCGCCCACAUAGCCAAAGAUGGACAACUCGAGACUCUGCUGGACGAGUGCACCAAACCCAAAAAGCGCUACGGUCGCUUCCAGGCGGCCAAGGAACUGCGCGAAUACCUCACACAGCUAGCUGCUGGCUCCGCCUCUGCUACAGCCAGGUAAUGAAUGGAGUUGGCGUCAGCCUUAAGCACUGAGAGACUGGAUUCCUUUAGACUCUUCAUCUCCAGACUCUUGAGAUCCUGGUUCUUGUACAUGAUGUCAUUUGCUCCCUUUUGUGCACCGGAGCAGGAAGGUGUUAGAGGUCUCGCAUCAGGAAGUGUGAGAAUCCAACUUCAAAGCAGAUUUGUUAAAGCUCAAGCUUUUUACCUGACUUUGCUCCUGUGUGAAAGAGCAGCGAGGCACUAAGAGAUUCUGGUUAGAACCAGGAUAGAGAGGGGAUAGAGGUAACUGCUCCUGCCAGGGUGGGCCUGCCAUGUCUUCAGGGUGGGGGUGGAGUGAGAAAGGGCUGUGACGCAUCCCCUAAACGCAUCCUUCACUGGACCCAGGCUAACGCAAAGCAGAGCGUCCGAGCGACAGCAGCAGCAGCAGCAACAUCACACGGCCAUGACAGCAUCUAUUCAGAAUUGUUGUGUUUCAUAACACUGAAACUUAACACCUGUCUCAUGUUGCCCCCAGGAUCUCUCUCUCUUUUAUUUUUUUAUUUUAUUAUUUUUCAGGGCUGAAUUUAAGUAGAUUGGUACAUUUACAUUUUUGCUGUGCCAUGGCUUUUUUUUUCCUCUGUAGCAUGACUGCAGGGAAAGUGGAGGUAGCAUGAAUCUCCCGCUGUCAGGCAGCAGGGAAGGCCAAGCUACUGCAGGUAGAGCGGAGAGAGGCGGGGGGGGUUGGGGGUUCUGCUUUUCAUGCGGUAGAAACAGAACACCCUUCACGGCUAUCGGCAAUCAUACGGCAAUCAUCUUUUUUUUCUGGGUGUUAUUUUCCCUUUAAUAGGAACCAGAGAGAGGGAGACAGCAGCACAUAGGAAGAAGGAAAGGGGGUAAUUAUACAGUGGUGGUCCCUUGAUGCAGAUGUGCCUAUACCAAAGAGGCUAUAUGUAAUAUUAAAAACCCGAGCAGUACAGAGUGACAGCACCUUUCCCUCCAGUUGUUCCCCAUUAGAGCUGCCCAAAGGAAACCGAAAUGUGUACACAAUCUCGUAUGAGCUGGCAGACCUGCAUACUGAUUUUCUCUUCGGCAAGAACCAAGACAAAGAUUGGCAAUACUUGAUGCCACAUAAGCCCCACUGCUUUGUGAAUCUCCCCUAGGAUUGAUAAAUGAUGAUCAGUUAGGCCGAGACACGUUUUUCUUUAACCAUGCAGCAAAAGCUGGACUAAAAAAAAAGGGAGGGAAAUGGAGUGAUUCUUAAGACGACGGGAAAACACGAUACAACUGCAGAGCAGUGGCUUCCUGCGCCAGUUUCUCUUUUUAAAUGUCUGUAAUUGAUAAAUGAAGCCUAUUGUCCAAUCUCUCACGCUAGUGUCGUGAGCUCCAUCGAGUAAGAGGUAUAAAAAGGGAAUGAAGAUAUUCCGCAGCUGGCUUCUGACCUGCACUUUUGAAUUUUGCAGCCCAGAAAUUUCUGUUGAAUAUUUAAACACUCAGCGCCUCUUGCAGGUUGAUUUUUACACUCAGCCAACCAACAAAAUUAAAGCCUAAUCACAAAUAUAGGCUCAUUUUCUCUGGCCCCAUAUGUUUCGUACGUCAUCCGUCUCAGUGUUGUGACUGCAACUCUAAAUUCCCAGUGGAGUGUUGUGUAGCACGGUCAAUAGACAGGCCAAUAAUCAAGUAAAUACGAGCCACUCCAUCUAAAGCAGGAAGCACGUGACGCUCGUCGGUUUGGAAAAGCAAUAAAGAGAAGUUCGGCUAAUGUAUAUCUGGGUUUGAAGCCACCCCUCCUUCGCUGUGUCCGAUACAUCCCACGUCUGGAGGAACCUGGAGGGAUUUGUACGUGCAUAACUAACUGUUCACUUUUGUACUGUAAUUUUUCUUUUGAGUAUUAUAUCAGCAUUGUCUGAUUUUUCCUGUGCCUUUCAUUCAAAAGUUGUAUUUACAACUUUUAGUGGGUUUAAAUAUUGAAAUAAA